AUGCAAGUGAAGGAAGGGGCGAGCCAUAUUCAUAAGGGGUUUGGUGGAACAGGUGGAUUAAGCAGCGGAAAAGGCCAUCAACCCAGCCCUGGUUUAAACUCGAAACAAUUAAGAGUCGAAUUUAAUAUUCCUAAGAAUUAUUUAGAUUGUUUUUAUCCUCCAGAAAAAAGGGCGGAAAUAACUAAACUAAGUAUCGUAAGCAAAAACCUAACUGGUGAGUUGGAUUUGAGUGAUUUUGUUAAUUUGGAAAAAUUGAAUUGUAGUUAUAAUUAUGAACUCUCUUCUCUUAAUCUGAGCAAUUGUCUUCGAUUAAAGAAAAUUGAGUGCAUUCACAAUAGUCAACUAACUAAUCUUACUUUCCCUAUUAAUCUCACUAAUUUAAAAAAACUACGUUUAAUUUAUAGUAGUUUAGAACAAAAUUUAUCCUUUUUAACCGGAGCUGUUAAUUUGAAAGAACUUGAUUUAAGAGAUAACAAAUUCACUGGUUCCCUAGAUUACUUAAGCAAUUUAAAAAAAUUAGAAUACCUAGAUAUCAGUAGCACUGAUAUAAACGAAGUGAAUAUCGAUAAAUUACCCAAGAGUUUAAAAUGCAUUGCAUAUUCCACUACAAAAAGCCCACAUUGCCAAUUAACUUCCAUUACUCUUCAAUUAGAAAAGUGUAAAUAUGCCUUUUGCCAAAAGUGUCAGCAACCUAAUACUAGUGAAGAUUGA